AUGAUAAAAGAUCAUAAUAAUAACUUAAUGAGUAUGAAUUUUUAUACAUACAAAAAAAUGAUUAGUGAUAAUUCUACAAGUAACUGUAGUUCGAAAAUGGAAAAAGGAAAUAAUAGAUAUUUGAAGGGGAAAAAUAUUUAUAUUUUUCCGUUAAUAAAAUUUACUAUAUUUACCCUUUUAAUAUGGAUAGUGACAUUUAUAAAUAACUAUGGAAAUUAUAUGAAUGAUAGAUGUAGAAUGAUAGAGUUAAGUACUAAUCGAUUUUUAGCCGAACCAUUAUUAGAAUUUGAUACAGUUUUUGAUGUAUUUAAAGAUACGUUUUUAAAAAAUAUGGGUUGUAAUGAAGAAGAAACAAAGAAUAUAAGAUCAACAAUGAAAUUAUAUUUUGAUAAUAUCGACAUGAAUGCAUUAUCUAAAGAAAUGAAAGAAAAUGGAAAUUUCUUUGAACAAAUAGGAAAUAAUGAAAAUACGUUGGAAAAAUUCAUGAAAAAAGAUAUAAGUCAAUUAAAAUGUAUAAAUGUUGAAAAUGUUGAAGAGGGUGACGAAAUACCUAAACCUUAUACAGUUGAAGAAGUAGAUCCAAAUAAUCCAUAUAAAGGAGGAAUUGGUAAUAUCCAAUUUAAUUCAGAUUUUAUUCGUAGAAGUGUAUUUACUUUAAGAAAAAUAGGAACAUCACCUUCUUUUCUUAUUACAAUGACAGCAAUACUUUUGAAAAAUGAUCAUUUAAAGACAGCUUUAUUAUUAAUGCUUGCAUUAUUUUUAAAGGGAGUAAAUUUUGCAUUGGAUUUAAAAUCAUAUAAUGAUAAAUUUCAUUUCAUAAAAUUUUAA